UUCACAUAAAACAUUACAACUCUACCAGUCCCUCUAAUGGCUACUGCAUUUGUAGUUUUACUGUUACUCAGCGUGAUUUUCCAAGCUAUUGUUGCUCAAAACCAAUCAAACCGGAUAAGCCAAGGCUCUUCACUGUCUCCUGACGGGGGUCCCAUUUCGUGGGGUUCACCUUCUGGCCAUUUUAAGUUUGGAUUCUACGAAGAAGGCAGUGGCUAUUCUAUUGGAAUCUGGUUACAAACUUCUCCUAACAUCACCAUCGUUUGGACAGCAAAUCGAGAUGACCCUCCUGUGUCAUCAAAUGCAACACUGACACUAAGAGGGGAUGGUAAGCUCAUGCUAAGAACUGGCCAGGGCGCAGAAAAAACGAUUGUUAAAACAUCGGAGAGUGCUUCUUUUGCUUCCAUGGUUGAUUCGGGUAACUUUGUGCUCUUCAACAACCGUUCUGAUAUCAUCUGGUCUAGUUUUUACUUCCCUACUGAUACAAUAUUGGGAGGUCAGAAUCUCUAUUCUGAAAGUGAACUGUUUUCUAGUGUAUCCAAAACAAAUCACUCAACUGGACAGUACCGGUUGAAGAUGCAAACGGAUGGGAAUCUUGUUAUGUAUACCAUAAACACCACUGACCAGUAUGUAGAUGCCUACUGGGCCACUGACUCUUACGGCCAAGAACAACAUCACUUGUUUCUGAAUUAUACAGGUGAACUACUCCUUCUCAACAAAACCAUGGCUACAAUACGGAGCUUGACCUCUGAUUCAUCUUACGAUGAAAGGCUCAAUAGCUCAACCAUUUACCUUGCAACGGUAGGCGAUGAUGGGAUUUUUCGUUUGUUUGCUCAUUACUUUGUCACUGAAUCACGUGCAUACAACACAUCCACUGAGCUUUGGUCAAAACCAGAUAAUCAAUGUCAGGUUAAGAGUUUCUGUGGCUUGAACGGCUAUUGCACAUUGGAUGACAAAUUAUACGUCUGCAGAUGCAUUCCUGGUACUGAUUUUGUUGAUCCUAAUCAGCAGUUUAGUGGGUGUCAGAGGAACUUUACUGAAGAAAGUUGCAAGGAUGUGAAAAAUGGUAAAGCUGUAUCCAAUAUUGCUCCUAUGGAAAAGAUUACAUGGGAUGAUUAUCCAUAUAUAAAAGAAAAUAUGUCACAAGAAGAUUGUAGAAAAUCGUGUUUGGAGGAUUGCAAUUGUGAUGCGGCGUUGUACAAUUCUGGCUAUUGCACAAAGCACAAACUUCCUUUGAAAUCUGCUAAGAGAGUUGACGAUGAUAUAAAUGGUCAGUCUUCCAUAGCUUACUUCAAGAUGGGCACAAGAGCUAUCAAAAGUGAUAAUGGUUCCAGUACACUGGUACCAUCACCAUUAAAGCCUCAAACAUUAGUCAGAGUCACAAGCAAGAAGGCAGUGAUACUAAUUCUUCUUGUGACUAUAGGCUUCAUCUCUUGUUCAUGUGUUUUCCUUGCAGUCUCAGGAUUUUUCAUAUUCAAGUACCGGGUUGUUGAGUACAAAUGGCUGCUGGAAACAGGAAAUUUUGGUUCAGCUGAUGAGCUUACUCUGCGGCCGUUCUCUUACAGUGAGCUUAAGAGGGCAACCAAUGGAUUCAAAGAAGGUCUGGGCAGGGGCUCUUUUGGUGCAGUCUAUAAAGGGGUCUUAUACAACGGAGAAAAACCUGUUGCUGUCAAGAGAUUGGAGAAGAUGAUGUCUGAUCGUAGCGAAAGAGAAUUCCAUGCAGAGAUGCUCGUAAUAGGUAGAACACAUCACAAGAACUUAGUUCGGUUGCUUGGUUACUGCAGUGAGGACUCGAAGAGGCUUCUGGUAUAUGAAUACAUGAGCAAUGGCUCCCUGGCAGAUCUCCUCUUUCAUUCCGAAAUAUCCCCAGACUGGAACGAGAGAGUGAAAAUUGCAUUAGAUGUUGCUAGAGGAAUUCUCUACCUCCAUGAUGAAUGCGAAGCACCUAUCAUUCAUUGUGAUAUAAAGCCUCAAAACAUUCUGAUAGAUGAUUUUUGGACAGCUAGAAUCUCGGACUUUGGUCUGGCAAAACUGUUAAUGCCAGACCAAACAAGGACUUUCACAUUGGUGAGAGGAACAAGAGGUUACAUGGCGCCAGAAUGGUCUAAGAACACCCCAAUAUCAGUGAAAGCAGAUGUUUACAGUUAUGGGGUUGUGCUCCUGGAAAUUGUUUGCUGUAGAAGAAACAUGGAGAUUGAUCCCUCGAAACCAGAGGAAACGAUUCUUAUUAACUGGGUUUAUAAGUGCUUCAUUAACAGAGAGUUGAAUAAGCUUGUGCGUGGCCAAGAAGUGGAGAAGAAGACUUUUGAGAACAUGGUUAAGGUGGGGCUUUGGUGUGUUCAAGAUGAACCGGCUCUUCGUCCGUCGAUGAAGAGUGCGGUGAUGAUGUUAGAAGGAAUUACUGAUGUCUCUAUUCCUCCUUGUCCCUCUUCUUCCUCAGGGUAAAUCUCACAUUUAUGUGAUGGGUGAUUUAUAAUAAAAAAUGAAUUGUAAUCUUCUGAUGAAUUAAGCAAUAGGCAUAGGAACAAGCUUGAGUAUGUAGACUUGUUUUAACUUUAAAAUAAAGGAAUCCCAUGUAAUAGAAAAAA